AGCGAUAAACAAUGGCGGUGCAGCAGAAAUUGAUCCGUAAUAAAAUAGAGUGUAGUGAAUCGCUACGUUUACAGAGUCCCUCUCUCAUCCUACUCUGCUCCGGUUCCGAUAAUCAAGCAAUCCUUCACAAACAUGCCUCUAUCUCUCUUCUGGGUUUCUGAUCGGAGGGGCUUAUGAAUCAUUAUUGAUUCCAGGAAAUUCGAGGACUGUUUGAUCGUACUCGGUUGCUGGCUAUGACAGCCGACACGACAUUACCGAGUUAUUGGUUGAACUGGAGAUUCUUACUCUGUGCAAUAUGGAUUUUCGUAGCUAUUGUAUUUUCAGCACUCGUAAUAUGGAGAUACGAAGGCCGUAAUAAAUCUCGAAACCGACAAAGUGUCGAUGAACGUGAGGCGGAAGUUUGUUUGUAUGAGGAUGAAGUUUGGGGAACGUGUUCCAAAUCGGUCCACCCCAUUUGGCUGCUUGCUUAUAGGAUAGUUGCUUUCAGUGUAUUGCUUGCGUUGCUUCUUGCUGAUAUUAUAACAAACGGUGUCGGCAAAUUCUAUUUUUAUACCGAGUGGACAUUUACUUUGGUAACCAUUUAUUUCGGGCUGGGGUCUUCAGUCUCAAUUCAGGGAUGUCUUCGUUACUACCAUCAAGUAAAACCAGAGCAAGAUUGUUAUAACCGUACAGAUGCAGAAGGUGGGUCAUACAUACCACCGACACUUGGGGAGGAUUCAGAUAUGGUCAGCCACACCGUAAGCUUGAAUCAUCAAAGCGAAACUAAUCACAGAACUGCUGCUUCGGUUCAGGGAUAUGCCUUGCAAAUAGUUUUUCAGAUGUGUUCUGGGGCUGUAGUGCUCACUGAUUCGAUCUUUUGGUUGAUGAUCUACCCGUUUCUCACCGCCAAAGACUACAGAAUAAAUUACCUUAUUGUUUGCAAGCAUUCUCUGAAUGCUGUUCUUCUCUUGGGCGAUGCAAGUUUAAACUCCCUGCGGUUUCCUUUCUUUCGAAUGGCAUAUUUUGUUCUAUGGACGGGUAUAUUCGUCAUUUUCCAGUGGAUCAUUCAUGCUUGUGUUUCAAUAAGGUGGCCAUAUCCGUUUCUGGACUUGUCAUCUCCGUAUGCUCCGUUAUGGUACUUGGCCAUAGGGAUUCUGCUUUUCCCAUGUUUUGGGAUAUUCAGCCUCAUAUUCUGGAUGAAACGACGCUUCUUAUCGAGAUAACUGCUACUGCCGUUCGAUGUGAGCCAACAAUCUAUACAUACACCUUCACCAGGCUGGCAACAAAUGGGUCAUCUCCGGUUUUUUCCCAAUGAACCCCAAAUUGUUUACUCAUCAGUUAUUAACAGUUAUUAUUAAUUGUAAGAGCUAAAAACUAUAACUUCGUCUCUUCUUACGGUUUUUAAGGAUUAGAUUCAGCAGUAAACUCACGAGAGCUAUUAUAAUUCUUGAUUGGUUAAAACCAUUUGUAUCCA